AUGCCACCAUCGAAAUGGCAAGGCAAGGCGGGUUUCGUUGCCGGAGAUGCCGUCGAUCGAUCCCCAUCGUCAAGUCAACAAGAAGUGAGUUCCGAAUCGCGACCGAGCUCGCUCGCGACUGGAACGGACGGCAGUCCCGAAAUCGAUGAUGGGGGACUCACGGAACAACAAGGAAAUCUUCCGAGUUCCGAUGACAACAAUGACGGAAGAUCAGCUUCCACGCCGCUGCACGUCCAAGAGAAUGAGGAGGACGUCGAAUGA